AUGGCACCUCAAGACUACAACAACGGCGUCUCAGGCCUCCCAUACUUCACCCCCAAACACCUCACCUCCCCAGGAACACCCAUUUCCAACACUAAACAAAAUGGCCCAUCAACACCAACGCUCUUCACGCCCCUCACAAUACGCGGCACCACUCUCCGCAACCGCAUCCUAGUCGCCCCAAUGUGCCAGUACAGCACUGCAUCUGAAGGACCCACGACAGGCGCAUUAACAGACUACCACAUCGCAACCCUCGGCCACUACGCUCUCAAAGGCGCUGGUCUGGUCUUUAUAGAAGCAACCGGUGUCCAAGCCAACGGUCGUAUAUCGCCAAACUGCCCUGGAUUAUGGAGCGACUCCCAGAUUCCUGCGCUACGCCGGGUGUCGGACUUUAUCAAAAGCCAAGGAGCUCAGAGCGGCAUCCAACUAGCCCAUGCAGGAAGAAAGGCCAGUACAUGCGCACCCUGGAUUGCCGGCGAACAGAAGACACAAGGCGGGAAGCGCAAAGUCAGCGUAAAAGCCGACACGGAUGCAGGCGGCUGGCCAGAAAACGUCGUUGGACCAAUGGGCGGCCAGGAAUGGGCAUGGGACGAGAAGGCAGCAGACGACGAGAGCAGCGGGUACUGGGCCCCUCGAGCUCUUAGCGAGAAGGAGAUUGGGGAUUUGGUCCAAGACUGGGCCGACGCUGCGCAAAGAGCAGUAAACGCUGGUAUCGAUGUCAUCGAGAUCCACGCCGCGCAUGGCUACCUAAUCCACCAAUUCCUCUCCCCUGUUACCAAUCAACGAACAGACAAUUACGGUGGUUCUUUCGAAAACCGCACACGCAUCCUCGUUGACAUUAUCAAGGCCAUUCGAGCUGUCAUCCCAGCCAGCAUGCCCUUGUACCUCCGCAUCAGCUCCACAGAUUGGAUGGAAGAAACCGAAAAGGGCAAGAAACUCGGUACUUGGGACGUUGAAAGCUCGAUCCGCCUCGCGAAAUUGCUUCCUGGUCUGGGCGUCGAUCUCCUAGAUGUGAGCAGUGGAGGUAAUCACCCCGAGCAGCGCAUCAACAUGUUCGAUUCGAAAGACUAUCAGAUCAAGAUCGCGGCGCAGAUCCGUAGUGCGCUCAAGAAAGAGAAUCUCAGUUUGUUCAUCGGCGCUGUUGGUCUCAUUACCGAAGCGGAACAAGCGAGAGAUAUUGUGGAAGAGGGUGGUGCAGCUGCACCUAUUUCUCGGAUCGGGGAUGAGGAGUUGGCGAAAGAGGCGCGGGCUGCGGUCAAGGUUACGGAGGGCAAGGAGCCGUUGGCUGAUGUUGUGUUGGUUGCGCGACAGUUUAUGAGGGAGCCUGAGUGGGUGUUGAGGGUUGCGUGGCAGUUGGGCCUCGAUGUUGCGUGGCCGAAUCAGUUUUUGAGGGUGAGGUUUCCGAAGCUGUAG